AUGGAUUAAAAUUCUAAUUAUUUUUUCAAUUCAGCUCAAAAAGAGUAAACAGAAUUUUGGAAUAGAAAUUUUCAUAUUUUACUGAAUAAUCAUGAAAAUUUUGAGAUCCAAAAUGAUAAUUGUACCAGUUUUUAUAAGAGAAGUAAGAUUCUUAAAAAAUGGAUACCUCGACUUUAUUCUGUUCAAAGCAAUUAUAUAUUAUAUGGUGAUAGAAAUCUCAAAGGUUUUAGAAAACUAGAUUGUGUAUAUCUAACAUCUAGUCUAGUAGAAGGACCAUAUAAAUAUCAAUUGCAGUUAAAAUACUGUGGAUUUGUUUUAGAAUUGUACACUGAUCAAAAAAAGGACCACGAUAGUUUUAAGGAUAGUUUACAAGCCCAUUGUAUACUAACUGAUUUUCACACUUAAUAUACAUUGCUAAGACAAAUUGGGUUUGGAUCAAGCGCCUAAGUAUACAUUGCUAGGAGUAACUACAAUUAAUAACUAUAUGCCAUUAAAAGAGUUCAAAAAAAUUAUUCAGUCAAACAAAAAAAAUAUGAGCAGGAACAAGCCUUACACAAUGAGAUUCAAAUAAUGAAAGAACUUAAUCAUCCAAAUAUCAUUUCUUUUUAUUCGGUGUUUGAGACUAAUAAACAUAUAAAUAUUGUUUUAGAAUUAAUCCAAGGAGGAGAACUACUAAAAUAGGGAUAAUACAAAAGCAUUAGAGAUGCAAGAAUCGUGGCUAAAUAAUUAGCUCUAUGUUUGGAUUAUAUGCAUUAGAAAGGGAUUAUGCAUAGAGAUUUGAAACCAUAGAACAUUUUAUGCAAAUCUAAUUCUCUUGACGUGUUAAUUGCUGAUUUUGGGUUGGCCACAUACAUUAAGACUUAAAAGCAAUAGUAUUACAGAUGUGGAACCACUGGUUACGUCGCUCCUGAAGUAUUGAUGUACAAAGAAGGUUCUAAGAUGUAUAAUGAGAAAUGCGAUAUCUUUAGUCUUGGAGUUAUCUUCUAUCAAUUGAUUUUCAACACUCAUCCCUUCAAAGAUAGCACCAAGGCUGGAAUGUUGAAGAGGAAUUUAGCUGCUGACUAUAAGUUGGAUGAGUAAACCAAAGUUCCUUAGAGUUGUAAGGAUCUUAUUGCUUCAAUGUUGAGAUUGAACCCCAAACAAAGACCUUCUGCAUCCCAAAUAUUAAGACAUGAUUUCUUUAAUGAAGCAUUAAAUGAGUUGUCUUAUCCAAGUUUGAUUGGAUCAAUUCAAGAUAUAAGCGAUCAAAAGAAAUCAGGCCAAUCUUUCAAUUCUUAAGUAGGGGAAUUGAAAUUAUCGACUUUCCAAAAGCAUGGACAAGUGUCGAUCUUCGAAAAAAUGCCAUUAAAUAUUAAAUCAGCAAAUCAGAGUAUGGAAUUCAAGGAACUCUCACCUUUGUGGAAUAAAAAGAUUACUUUACAACAACCCAUCACUUAACCCAGAUCCAAAGCUUAAUCUAUGUAUUCGAAUAAAAACCUAGAUAAUCGAGGUUAAAAAGUAUCUAUAUUUCGACAGCAAUCAAAAAACUCAGAAAAUGAUAUCGAUUAGCAUCAGUUUCCCUACUCAACCAUAAUCAACAGAUGUACUAUCAAAAACAAGUGA